CCAGCUUUACCGAAAAAUUAAGAGUGGGCUCAGUUUCUGCACCGCCUUCUUCCACUGCAAGAUGAACACAGUUCUGCCUUGCCAAGAUGAGUACUUUGUAGGAGGCCAGAGCUAUAAUUGCCCGUAUUCCACUACAACGUCAGAAUCUAGUGUUGACGUUUCCACGGAGACUUGGGUCUCUUUCUGGGCUGCUGGUCUCCUGGACAACAGAGAGCACCAACAAGCACCACAGGCACAGGAAUCAUCCAGUGACUCAAAUUUCCCCUUUCCUAACUCUUGUUCCUGGGAAGAGGCUCAGCUUUCGUCUCAGCUCUACAGAAAUAAGCAGCUCCAAGAUACUCUGGUGCAGAAGGAAGAAGAACUUGCUAGGUUACAUGAAGAGAAUAAUCACCUCAGACAAUACCUGAAUUCUGCUUUGGUUAAAUGUCUUAAAGAAAAGACCAAGACAUUGCUGUCAUCCGAUGAGUUCUCCAAAGCAUGUGGAAAAUUCAGAAAGGGAAAGAGGAAACCCAAAGAACAAAGACAUUUCCCUCCUGAGAUCCCCCAUUGCAAAAAUGCCAAGCGAAACCUCUCCGGUGAAUUUGCUAACUGUGAAGAACAACCUGGGCCCCCAGUGGACCCCUGGGUCCUUCAAACACUUGGGUUAAAAGACCUCAACACCAUUGAUGACACCUUAUCAGCUAACUACAGUGCCCUCUCCUCCCACCCCAGAAGAGUCCUCAGCACAUUUUCCCAGUUUCCAGGGGAUGUAGCUGAUCAUGCACAUGCCCCCACGGAGAAUCUGCCGAUUGACUAUGGGGGUGACGGAACAAUCUGUCACAGCACUGCCAGCCACAGGGAAGACUUCCACUUCCUUUCUCAACUUUCGAAUCCCCCAGGAGGACUGCAACCGCUUCCUCUCUAUACUUCUGAUGUGUCACCCAAUAAGACCGAGGUGGCUUUUUCCACAUCCCUGAGCCCUCACUGUAAUGUGAAAACUCAUUCCUUCCACCAGGGACAAGCCUUUGUUCGUCGAGAUGAGGAGGGAGGCUGGAAAUUUACCUGGGUCCCUAAACACUCUUAGUGACGCCCUCUAUCAAAAGGACUGCCAUGAACUCUGUUUACAAUGACCUCUCUUGCACUUGAACCUGACUAUGUGGGAUACAGAAGCUAUUUCCCAGACUGGCUCCUGCCACUUUAAAUGUCACUCUCCAUUACCCACUUCAGUCUGCAGGGAAUGGCUUCCGAGAAUCCA